AUCCAUACAGCAUCUCGGUAAUUGGCCUACCAGCUGCCGGUGCCGCUAUCAUCGCCUACCCUAAGCCCCAGUCGUGUUUGCAAUCCUUGGCGGGGAUCGUUGCUACUCUAUGAUAAGAGAGAUCGUCUUGUCUACUCGAUUCGCUACGGUCACGGUACCCUUGAGCCCACGAGGAGCCUACCGUACGCCGAGUCCCUACGAUCGUUAUUCUCCUCCCCCUACUUUGGAUCCGCAGCGACAGGAGCUCCAGCAGUAGCCGCAAUAGCCGUACUUGUUCACCCUCUCUCUUCGUUCGGCCCGCAAGACUACAGAGUUGUACUUCCGAACCCCUAAUCGCCUCACACAAUAUUAAAGUAUGAGCGAUCCUACUCAGGGUGUUAGGUCUGGGCUUCAAGGUUUGCAUUUAUCAUACCUCCCCCUCGUAGGAGCAAGUUAUGUUUGUUGAGCGUGUGUGGCUGAUUCUGUUCCGGGGGGGGGAUUGUGAAAGGCCGGGUGAACAAUAACCUUGACAUACUUCUGAAACGUUUUGAGAGUAUCAUCGAGUUGGCUUCUGUAUUACCCCCCACGCUCCUUCACCCUCGACCACUACUCCGGGCUCCUCCCGACCAGAUACUCGUUUCUAACCAAUUAACCUAGGUUUAUGACAAAGAUCGUAUAGUCAAAGAUCGUACAGCUACAGCCGUAGAAGCGUACCAGAUUGAGUGCCACGCUUCUUCAAUGGCAUCGCCCCACUUCCUUUGCUACUUUUUGCCACUAGGACUAACGAACAGCUCACAGAUACGUGCAGCAGAGGACCUACUAGCACUAACCCGUUCGCUAAAAGAAGCCUGGUUGUUCGGACAGUUGGGCAGUGAACUGGGAGUCGUCGACGAAGCUACAGAUCAGAUUGCGAGGGAAGUAGGGGAAGCGCUGCAGAAAUUAGCGACAAAGAAGGUGGGUGGAUUAGAUCAGUAACUUGGGUCCAUCUUUUCGGUUUGAAAUUUCGCUCUUUUCUCCUGUGGCGUUUGGAAAUUCGGUAUCUGGCCUCCAGCGUGAUAUGGUGGCCUUGCUUUUACUCUUUGUUCUCGAUGAAAGUGGUAGAGAGGUGCUUGGGCCAUCACUCGCUUUCUUUUUCCCUUCUACUCUUUUCUUUCCCCUCAUCGCCGCAGCUGUAGUAUGGUAGUUGCACUUUCCUUCCGUGUCUCCUAGCUCAGUAUUGCGACCUCGAGUUCAGCCUCCGACUCACACGUUGCCCGGGCAUUCCCCCGCGGGCAUGGUGUCUGAAGCCUACCAAAUAGCAUCCCUCUAACCAGCCCGAGUACCAAAUCCUCUGCCUCCGGGUGUAUGUCCGGCCGGGCGGGAGUUGUCCCGGAACUUUGGUACGGUUGUGGUUAAGUGAAAUUUUUUGUCCUUCUCGAGUUAGAAUCGUAUCCGUAGCUUUCCCAGAGGGCUUGCUAAGUUGCGGAUUUGUUCCCGAGCGGCAUCUUGUGAUGCGGAGUUGGAGCAAUACCUACGCUGUCUGUCUGACACUGGAGCUUGGCGCCAGGGGAGGAGCCCCGAUCCACCUCUUUUGUAAAGAUGGAUUACUUAAAAGUGGGGGGAUAGGUUUGUGGGAGGAAAUAUUCUAGGUGGUAGAGUUGGUGAAGCGAUGCGGGAGAUAUUGCUGAUAGUGGGAUGUGGUGGCAGUUGGUAUUAUAUCAUUGCUUUCAAUUGACAGUCUAACCGACCUAAGCGUGAGCAAGUAAAUAGGAAUAAUUAAGAGAAAUAUCAUACUCGCAGAGACAUUGGAUUACACGGCCAUCCGUGAGGGCAAAUCCAGUGGCCUACAAUGCGUAAGUUCCUUGCGCCUAACAUCUACGGAUACGGUCUAAAAAGUAUGGCAAAAGCAACCCCCCAAUACCGGUACUAUACUUUUUCUUU